AUGAUUCCAGUGACAGAGUUCCGGCAGUUCUCUGAGCAGCAGCCUGCCUUCCGGGUGCUGAAGCCAUGGUGGGAUGUGUUUACCGAUUACCUCUCAGUGGCCAUGCUGAUGAUCGGAGUAUUCGGGUGCACGUUACAGGUCAUGCAGGACAAGAUCAUCUGCCUUCCGAAAAGAGUGCAACCUUCCCAGAACCAUUCUUCUGUUUCGAAUGUCUCUCAGGCCGUUGCCAGCACCACCCCACUGCCUCCCCCUAAACCAUCGGCCACAAACCCCGCCACUGUGGAAAUGAAAGGGCUGAAGACAGAUUUGGACCUUCAGCAGUACAGUUUUAUAAACCAGAUGUGUUAUGAGCGGGCCCUGCAUUGGUAUGCCAAAUACUUCCCUUAUCUCGUCCUCAUCCAUACCCUGGUCUUCAUGCUCUGCAGCAACUUUUGGUUCAAAUUCCCUGGGUCCAGCUCCAAAAUAGAACAUUUCAUCUCCAUCCUGGGGAAGUGUUUCGACUCUCCCUGGACCACGCGGGCUUUGUCAGAAGUGUCUGGGGAAGAGUCCGAAGAAAAGGACCACAGGAAGAAUAACAUGAGCCGGGCGAACACCAUCCAGUCUGCUCCAGAAGGCGGCUUGGUCAACUCCCAGUCUUUAAAGUCAAUCCCGGAGAAAUUUGUGGUGGACAAAUCCACUGCCGGGGCCCUGGACAAAAAAGAAGGGGAGCAAGCCAAGGCCUUAUUCGAGAAGGUGAAGAAGUUCAGGCUGCAUGUGGAAGAAGGGGACAUCCUGUAUGCCAUGUAUGUUCGCCAGACUGUCCUUAAGGUCAUCAAAUUCUUGAUCAUCAUCGCAUAUAAUAGCGCCCUGGUUUCCAAAGUCCAGUUUACAGUGGACUGUAAUGUCGACAUCCAGGACAUGACCGGGUACAAAAACUUCUCUUGCAAUCAUACCAUGGCACACUUGUUCUCAAAACUCUCCUUUUGCUACUUGUGCUUUGUAAGUAUCUAUGGACUGACGUGCCUUUAUACCUUAUACUGGCUCUUCUACCGUUCUCUACGGGAAUAUUCUUUUGAGUACGUCCGACAGGAGACUGGAAUCGAUGAUAUUCCAGAUGUGAAAAAUGACUUUGCUUUCAUGCUUCACAUGAUAGAUCAGUAUGACCCUCUCUAUUCCAAGAGAUUUGCAGUGUUCCUCUCGGAAGUCAGCGAGAACAAAUUAAAGCAGUUGAACUUAAAUAACGAGUGGACUGCCGACAAGCUGAGGCAGAAGCUGCAGACAAAUGCCCACAACCGCCUGGAACUGCCUCUUAUCAUGCUCUCUGGUCUUCCAGACACCGUUUUUGAAAUCACAGAGUUACAGUCUCUCAAACUGGAAAUCAUUAAGAAUGUCAUGAUUCCAGCCACGAUUGCGCAACUCGACAACCUGCAAGAGCUCUCCCUCCACCAGUGCUCCGUCAAAAUCCACAGCGCAGCGCUGUCUUUCCUGAAGGAGAACCUCAAGGUCCUGAGCGUCAAGUUUGAUGACAUGCGGGAGCUGCCCCCCUGGAUGUACGCACUCCGGAGUCUGGAAGAGCUCUACCUGGUUGGUUCUCUAAGUCACGACAUUUCCAAAAAUAUCACCCUGGAGUCCCUGCGGGAUCUCAAAAGCCUUAAAAUUCUCUCCAUCAAGAGCAACGUGUCCAAAAUCCCUCAGGCAGUGGUGGACGUUUCCAGCCACCUCCAGAAAAUGUGCAUUCAUAACGACGGCACCAAGCUGGUGAUGCUCAACAACCUGAAGAAGAUGGUCAACCUGACCGAGCUCGAGCUGGUCCGCUGCGACCUGGAGCGGAUCCCCCACGCCGUGUUCAGCCUGCUCAGCCUCCAGGAACUGGACCUGAAGGAGAACAACCUGAAGUCCAUCGAAGAAAUUGUCAGCUUCCAGCACUUGCGAAAACUGACGGUGCUCAAGCUGUGGCACAACAGCAUCGCCUAUAUCCCGGAGCACAUCAAGAAGCUCACCUGCCUCGAGCGGCUGUCUUUCUGCCACAACAAAAUCGAGGUGCUGCCUUCCCACCUCUUCUUGUGCAACAAAAUCCGCUACUUGGACUUAGCCUACAACGACAUUCGCUUCAUUCCGCCCGAAAUAGGGGUCCUACAAAGUUUACAGUAUUUUUCCAUCACCUGUAACAAAGUGGAGAGCCUCCCAGAUGAACUCUACUUUUGCAAGAAACUGAAAACGCUAAAGAUUGGGAAAAACAGCCUAUCAGUGCUUUCUCCGAAAAUUGGAAAUUUACUAUUUCUCUCCUACUUAGAUGUUAAAGGCAAUCACUUUGAGAUCCUCCCUCCUGAGCUGGGUGACUGUCGGGCUCUGAAGCGAGCUGGCUUAGUCGUCGAAGACACCCUGUUUGAAACUCUGCCUUCUGAUGUCCGGGAGCAAAUGAAAACAGAAUAACGUAUUUUGGUUUAAAGUUUGACUGAAACACGCUACUACCAAAUACAGUGUCGAUGAUUAGGUAGUCUUAAUGCCGUUACUUUUUUUUUAAACACAAAACAAAAUGUACACAAGAUUGAGU